AUGGUGCAAGCACCCGAGACGGUAGGAGGCAUAAUUUCUACUCUAGUAGUUGUCCCCGAUCUGAGAGGCAGGAUCGUCGGGGCCCAGAGACGGGACGAGGCUCUAGAGAAGUUGCGUCUAAAAUUGAGAAUGAGCAAACGAGAGAAUUAUCAGGAGGAGGCAGACAAUGCACUCAUGUUUGAAGAGAGAUUGUGUGUGCACAACCAGGAGGAGCUUAGAAAUGAGCUAAUGAGCGAAGCACACGAUACCCCAUACACCGCCCACACAGGAAGUACAAAGAUGUAUCAGGACUUAAAUAAGAAGUUCUGGUGGGAUAGUAUGAAGAGGGAUAUAACAUCUUACGUUGAGAGGUGUAUUGCCUGUCAACAAGUGAAGGCACUGCACCAAUGA